UGAGUUUUAAGCCAACUUUUUCACUCUCUACUUUCACUUUCAUCAAGAGGCUCUUUAGUUCUUUGCUUUCUGCCAUAAGGGUGGUGUCAUCUGCAUAUCUGAGGUUAUUGAUAGCUCUCCUGGCAUGUCUUCUAUUAAUUCAUGCAUUUAAAACAUUUGCAAAUAUAUAAACAAUGCUAUGGUUUUUGUGAUUUUUUCUUUUGGAAGAUAUAAGUAUUUUUUCAUAAAAAUGUCAUAUAUGUUAACAUAUAUUGGGUUUACCUUUUUAAUGAAUUAAUAUCAAGAUUUAUUUAGUUUUCAUCUCUAAUAUGGACUAUUGAGUGAUAAUAAUUCAUAAACAAAAGUUCUGUGGUGCUCAAUUUUUACAAGUGAAAAAGAGUCCUGUGACCAAAACUUUUGACAGUUAUAGCCCUAAGGUUAAAGAAAUUCUAGACCAGCAGCCAUUGUGACAUCAGCUUCAGGUCAGCCUAUGAAGGAUUUCACACAAUUGCUCAGUAUUUCACAGAGCUCUCCAGCUGAACUGCCCUAUAAGAAGCUAACCAUCGAAGAGGGCCUGCUAUUGUCCUUGAUGUUCUCCAUAGGACAUUCAACAAUGUCACCGGGAAAGAUACCCAACAAAGAGUAAGAGAAAAACCAUUUCAUUCUUCAAUUUCUUUGCUUCUUUCUUUGAUUUUGGUCAGGUUUCCCAACACUUUGUCUCUUGUUUCAUUAUGCAAGAUGUACAAACUUCAAGCCAAAAGGGUAAAAGCUGCUGCUGGGCAGAUGUGGAAUUCAAAUUUCUCCAAGAUCAGACAAUCUCUUAAAAAUGCUUACCACAAAUGUAAGAAUCAGUAUCCGAAUUCAACCAGAUGUCCAACUAUGACUUCCCAUGAUUGUGAUCAAGAGGACCUUAAUGCUGAUGAAGAAAUUAAUCUUCUAGUAAUGCUCCAAGAUAUUAAAACCACCCAGCUUGAACUCCUCAGCCAAAUGACUGGCAUGAUCUGUGCAUUAUCAAAAAUCCAGGAAAAGACUGAUUUCUUUCAGAAGCAGAUGCAAGUCCUGGAAACCAAAAUGAAUGUUAAUGAAAAUAAACAGUGUGCAACAGCUGAAGAUAUCUUCUCUGUGAAGGAAGACGUUGAUGCUUUAAAGAAGAAGGUGACAGAGCUGGGAAACCAGAAUUCUUGCUCCAAUGUACAUUGUUUAGAGGUCCUGGAUGGGGAAAAGGGUAAAGAGAUCCUAGAACUUCUUCACAAAGUCACACAAUCAGAAACUCUGAAGAACACACUGACCUCUAUAGAUUCUGAAGUCUCUUCAGCAGAACCAGAGAAAGUACUCAGUUAUCCUAAGUCCACUGAUCAUCUUGAGGAAAAAACAGUAUCUCCCCAGAUCAAAGCUCUGAAGAAAAGUAACUAUCAAAAUGCAUUAAGAAGCUUCCAAAAAGCAAAGUCAAAUAUUUAUAUUUACCCGGACUUUAAUACAUGGAUCAAGCUAACUUUUGUCCAUGGAGGAAAGUGGAGAUUUUUCCUCAGCGCAACCAAGUUAGAGGAAUUCAUCCAGUGGCUUCUUUCCAGGCCAACCCUCCCUCCUGAGGAACCACAAGUCAUAACCCAGAAGUAUUGUCUUUUCACUGGGCCUAUCACAAACUUGACCACCAUCUGUGUCUCUGUUUUCAACUACAUUUAUUGUCUUUUUGGUUCCUCAAAAGAGGAAGUAACUCGACUAUAGAGUAAUUUUCUGCUUUGCUUGGUACAAAAUAAAUGUAACCUGGCCAUGCCAAGCAUUCACAUGUCUUUGUGGUUGCUGUGAACUCCUUGGUAGUUAAGUUAGCUCACUGCGGGUUGGCUGCCCGCAAAGUUUCUUUAUGUCUACAGUAAGUUGAGGCAUAUCAUCCCAUUAGACAAUUGUGGUGCAUUUUCUGCCAAGUUUCUUAUUUUCCCAAAAGCAAUUCAUGAGGACUCCUCCAGUGCCCAUUUCAUAGA